AUGACGGCCCAAGUGAACGAGCCCCCGGAGACCUGCACGGCCUCCGGGGAGCAGCAGCCCCCGCAGCCCACCCCCUUCUCAAUCAGCGACAUCCUGAAGCGUUCGGCCGCCGCCGCCAUGGGGGCGGCGCGGAGGCCGUUUCUGCCGCACCAGCCCUUGCUGUCACCUCUCGCGCACCUCACGCUCACGUCGCCUCCGGAGGCGGCCGUUUCUUUGCCGCCCCCGCUCAUGCCGGCCGUCACCCUGCUGCAGCUGCAACAAGAGGUGGCCCUCGACAUGACCAGGAAGAACGCGCUCAGCAUUUUGAAAGCAGCAGACGCAGAGCGCGUGGAAAGCGAGCGUCGCCUUCACUGCGGAGACCUGAACGCCGGCGACCCGUCCGUCCAGCUGUCGAACACCCUCAACAAACCACGCAAGAAACGCUCGCGGGCCGCCUUCUCGCACGCUCAGGUCUACGCCCUGGAACGAAGGUUCAACAGCCAAAGAUACCUCUCCGGCCCCGAACGGGCCGAACUCGCGCACAACCUCAAACUGACUGAAACACAGGUGAAAAUCUGGUUCCAAAACCGGCGGUACAAGACCAAACGCAAGCAGAUUCUGCACCAGCAAGACCUGAUGAGCAUGACCGCCUCCACGUCCCCCGGCCCCGCCAAGAAGGUCGCCGUCAAGGUGGUCAUGAAGGACGACAGGGUGCUGUACAAAAACGACCUGCCAGCAGCGCGAUUUCCGCCCCUGCCGCCCCUCUUCCCUGCAGCGGCCGCCGCCUAUUACUAUUACUACCAAAACCCGCACCUUUACCCCGGGGGCCAUCCCGGAACUGCCUCCAGUGGGGACGGCUCGCCACCUCCGUCUGCGUGUUCCAGAUCCAUCAGCCCCGUCGAAAUUAAUUGA